AGUUCCUAAACUCCUCUUGUCCCUCUCAGUGGGUGCAGGGAUAUUCAUGGCUCUGCCCUCUACCAGGGGCCUCUCUGGGGCCCAUUCUAAGCUGCCAAGGAUACAGCACCCCGACCUGCCCCGCGGGGACCCAGAAAGCCUUUCGGUGCGGGGGUUCUCCAGAUCUGAGGGGAGGGGCGAGACCGACCUGGAGAAACAUCUCAAGACCUUCCGGACCGAGGAGCUGGAUGACUGGAAGAAGCUGGACCACUGGGCCAACAAUGAUAGAAAACAUUGGGAGAGAAAUGGAAGAACAGAGAAAAAAGUAUCCGCGGUGGAAACAAACUCCAAUAUGGAGAAACAGUGCGAAGAGCUGAGGUUCCGGCUGUUGGAGAAGAUAACUUCUGGCGGAUUCUACGACCUGAGGCGUCUGUUCUGGUCACAUGACCCUGAAGGUAGAGGCAGAGUAAACAGAGACGCAUUGCUGAUCAUCCUGACCACAUUGCUGGGGCGCUUCAUCCAUAAGUCGGUGUUUCAGCAUCUCCUAUCCAGAUUGCAACUGGAAGGGAAGCCAGUUAUUACCUUUGAUGCCUUUUAUGAUCAUUUCAAACUUGAGGAAGAUAACUCCCCUCCUGAAUGGCUGGACCCCAUGAAGAGGAAUCGUAAGGGGGCUAUGAAGACAGCUUAUGACGUUCAUUUAGAGUUGAAGAACAUGGCUAAUAACAGGCACUUUGAACUGUUGAAAUUAUUUCCAAACGAUUGUCUGAACGCUACGGAACUCCGCUCUGUCCUGACCAAGAUAGGGAUUAAGAUGUCAGAGGAGGAAUAUAAGAAGUUGUGGAGAAGAUACGCCAAGGAUGACGCUGAUGUUCUGAGGUUUGACGACUUGCAGUAUCAUCUAGGUACCAAAAAACUGGAGGAAAACCGCGGUCUGCUCCUGUCUGCGCUGCAGAAGGUGUCUGACAGCCAAGAGCCCCAGCCAAUAAAAACAACCAAUAAAAUAGUCUACAAAAUGGGAAAUGAAAGGAAGCUGUCGCUGAGUAUAGAGAAGUGGCUGAAGGAGAAGUUCAGGGAAGGGGCUCGAGCCAUGAAGACUGAGUUCUCGGUAUAUGACCCUCAGGGAUCUGGGAUGGUUUUAAAAGAAAACUUCCUCCAAGUCCUGGAGACGUUCCAUCUUCACCUCACCAAGGACCAGUUGGGUCAUUUCUUGUCUCGUUGUGGAUUGGAUGAGACAUUGACCAAAGUCAAUUACCUGGAAUUCCUGCAGCGUCUCCAGACGAGGAGUCAGAAUGGAAAAGCGUACGAAUUCCUGUGUAAGCCUGAGCUGGGGACUGAGAAGAGACAAUCACGUUCAUGGUCUACAGGCAGCAUUACAGAAGACAAACUUGUACAGUUUUUCCAUGCUGAUUUUAACUCCCUCCUUUCUGAAUUUAGGAAAGCGGAUAAAGAUAACCUAAAGGUUAUCAGCCCCCGGGACUUUAGAGCGAUCCUAGAGAAAAGAUUUUCUCUGAAGGUAACAGAGGAGGAGUUUGUCCAUCUGUCGGAGACGUUACCCGUGGAUCAUGACGGGGACAUCAGAUAUUUGGAGUUUAUGGCCAAAUUCGAUACCAGGGACGGAAAUUUAAGCAUCUGGGACGGACGGGAGACGGUCCUGACUGACUACAGCCGAAAGCCAAAAGUAACCGAUACAAGUGGUGAUGACAAAAAUAGUCACUCGAGGAAGAGGAGCGUGGAGCAGCUCACAGAAAUCAUUAAACAUCUUGUCAAAAACAACUACGAGAUUCUGGAGAGGAACUUCAAUGAGACGUACGACCGAAACACGCGGAGAAUGACGGCGGAAACAUUGUAUCAGCUACUGAAAAGAUGUGACGUCAGACCGGAGAUAUCUAGAGAAGACGUAGGCCGAAUCUGGAAGACCCUCAUUCUCAAUCAGGACCAGACGGUCGACUUUUUCCAGUUUGUUCGCCAUUUUGGUUUCUCCAUAAAGUCUUCGUGCUUCCCGAAUGCUAAAAUCUCUCCUCCAGUGAGAGGUGACGGGGACUGCCUGAUACGUUCUUUAAAGCUCAACUCUGACACCAAGAUUAUUGAGAAUUUCCUGCAGACAAAGGUGAAGCUUCUCCUUGAUGACCUUUGGGUCCAGUUCAGGGACUUGGAUCCCCAGAAUUCUGGAUAUGUCACCAGAGAAGAAUUUCUCGAUAUACUUCAAGAGCUGAGUCCUGACCUAACCAAACACCAGUGGGACACCAUCGCCGCCAAGUUUAGUGAAGGACAGAACAGGAUUUCCUAUGUGAAGUUUCUUCAGCCAUAUCAGCCAGGAAGGAAUAUGAAUAAACAAGGUGGAGGAAAAGCAAUGAAGAGGACGUCACCCAAACCGUCUGUAGUCGGCGGCCUUGACGCCAUCACAACCAGACUGCGUCAGAAGAUCUCCAGCACAGAGCGGAGGAAUCUUCUUCAGUCCUGUGCUAAGAUGGACAAGGAUGGAUCGGGCCUCCUCAGCCUCCCGGAGUUCAGAUCUGUGGUGAAGCUGUGUAAUAUGGUGCUAGACGAGGACGAUAUUUAUCACAUCAUGUCUCAUUACGAUAAGGAUUUAGCUGGGAAGAUUGACUACACCCGACUACUGUCAGAUGCCAGAAAGAGCAAGUGAGGAACAAACCCACCAGGAAGAGUAAUAAACACGACCAGAUAUAUACAUAUAUAGAAAAAAAGACCAGAUCACCGCCCUGUGAUUUCUUUCAAUUGGAGGAACUUCUGUGGUUACUUAGAAGAACGGAACCAAUGGCCAAGUCGCAUACUUGGUGUGUGAACAGGCAACAAAAAAAGAGAUGAAAAUUCCAGCUCCCAAAAAUAAGAUAAAAGUCCAAAAUGUAUUUCACAUGAUUAAAAAUGAAUGCAAAAAAAUGAAAACCAAAAAAGGUGAUUUUAAAAGCAUAGCAGAAAUGCGGACGCGUUUCUAACCAUCAUGGUUCUUAGUCAUGGCACAACACUGACUGUC